AUGCACAGCUGUGCUGGAAUCACCAUGACUGUCCGAAUGCUGGGGGCCCUUACAGCUUUGUUCCUUCUCCUUGCUCAGUGUGGGGCAGGGCCUCAGGAAGGAGGGGUCCCGAGAGUGCCGGCAUGUGAGCACGCUGCCCUGGCACCAGCAUGCCCCUUGAAUUACAGGCCUGUCUGCGGGACUGAUGGGAACACCUACAGCAAUGAGUGCGCGCUCUGCGAGAGGCGAAGAAUAACCAAGCAAGAUAUCCAGAUUGUGAAGAAUGAAAUAUGUUAAUAUUUGGAGCCCUCCAGGACACAUUAUGAACCACAAGAAAGCUCUGUAAUUGAUGCUCUGCUCUCUAAGUUGAUUCAAAAGUACAAAUAAUGAUCAUUUCAGCUUGUUAUUCUGAAUAAUAAAAUUAGUAUAGGAAGCA